CGAAGCCAACGAACCAUGAAACCAUGGUGGUGGUCAUUUACCCCAGAAACGCGCCCAUAUAGAAGUGCGUCUCGACGCGAACGCCAGUUUUCUUAGGUUCCUAUCGAAAUCAUCAUCAUCUUCAUCAACCUUGUCACCAUGAUAUUAUUCAUUUUACUGUGCGCAUUGGCAUCGAUAUGCACUGCACAACUUCCAUUCGUCGAUCAGAAUCCGGAAGUUUAUCAACAGAAAACCGGUCUUGGUCACAUUCGAGAAGUGAGACAAGUACCACCACAGCAUGAUUUGCCAAAUUAUAGGCCUUACUCACAGGUACCAGGACAGAUUAAGCAAUUGCUACAAUUGCAACAAGCACGUGAACCAAUAGUCAGUAUUCCAGGGCAUGUUAAUCCACCGCAAAUAACGCCAGGACAAACUCAUCAAGGCGCAGCUCCUGCGCCAUUAACGCAAGAGCAAGCAACAUCAUAUCGUCCUAAAAUUCAUUUUGGUGCAGCGCCAUCGCAAGCAAUUGAACCAAGACCACAACAGGCGCAACAUCAAUAUCGACCACAACAACAACAACAAGGAUAUGCUCCUCAAGGACAUCAACAACCAGCCUACAAUUUACCUCAACCACAACCCUAUAGACCACAACAACAACAACCUGUUUACAAUCAUCAACAACAACAACAACCUCACUAUUCCAAAAAUAUCCCACCCGAAAUUCAACAAUUGCUUCAUGCUCAACAAAAUCAACAAGGUUGACUAAAAUAGAGAGAGAGAGAGAAUGAUACAAUUCUUCAGGAGUCAAAAUUCAUCCUCCAUCAAUCACAAUAUUAUAUAAUAUAUGUAGUUAGGAAAAUUAGAUUUUGUAUUAUUUUAGAGUACAAAAGAAGAAAAGUAUUGUAUACACUUUAUUUUUACUUAUAGUAAUAUAUAUGUAACUGAAAUAAAAAAAUUUUAAUUUG